AUGGGUCUCUGGUCCAAGUUAACCGGCAAGGAUAAGCAGGAGGACUUCUCCCACCUCCAGGGGAGCUCGUCGAGCGAUGAUAAGAAGAAAAGGGACGACUUUUCGCAUCUCUCUAGUGACAAUAAAGGAAAGAGCAGUAAAUCGGAGCAGGAAUACCGUCCAGUGUAUCGUCCGCCUGGCGAACCCUCAAAUGCUCCCCCUGGAUAUGAUAUUCCCCCUCCCGGGCCUCCUCCGCCCGAUCAUUUCUAUGCUCCGCCGACCCAGCUUCCUCCAAGCUUCGACCAUGCCGGUGGUUCAUCUAGCGCCCCAGGGUAUCAGGAUUACGGUCCUCCAAUGGGUCCACCACCCGGAUAUAUGGUCUACAACGUUCAGAUUCCACCUCCAGCAGUGCCACAGCGCUCUAAGAAGUAUUCCCAGGGCUUAAAUGCUAGCGAGGAUGAUGCCGAAGCCGGUCACGAGUAUUGUCGCCACAAUCCUGUCGCCCGGCCUACCCACUAUGAUCCUAAUACUCUAGAUCGCAUUGCUCGGGGCGAAGUCGGGCUGUUUAUGCCAGGCCAUUUCGGGGGACAUCUAACGCCUGAGUCGAACCGUCGAUUUGAGAUUUCUACACAUAAGGAUACCCAGGACGCCACCCUUCUCAGCGGGCUUCCCCUCUAUUCCUCACUUGGGCAUUAUCCUCGCGAUAAGGCUUACAAGACCAUAUACUAUGAAAUCAAGAUCAAAAAGCUUCAUGGUGACUCUUCGCUGGCCAUUGGAUACACGAAUGUUCCAACCCCGCCAAUGAGAUUGCCCGGUUGGCAUCGUGGAGGGUUGGCAGUCCACUCCGACGAUGGUAACAGAUAUAUCAAUGAUCCUUAUGGCGGUAAGGAAUUCACACAUCCGUUCAACGAGGGGGAAACCAUUGGACUAGGAAUAAGGUUCCGUAUGGGAAUGGCCCAGGCGUUUCUAACAAGAGAUGGGAGAGAAGUCGGCAAUUGGAUGAUUGACGAACCGAGAGACUGGGAGGAUACGCAAAGAUUGAAUGGAGACGGAAAUAUCACUGGCUUGAUGGGAGAUAACGAUUUGUAUGCGGCGAUUGGCGUUUUCGGGAAAGUGGAGUUUGAUGUUGAAUUUGGCUAUAAUGAGUGGCAGGAUUCGACAAUUCAACAUUAA